CUGUGUCCCCCCCGCUAAAAAGUCGUUAUAAAGUUUGUUUUAUAGGCUAUUAACUUCCUGGAACACUGCCUGAUUAUAGUUAUGAUCAUCGUUAUGUUUAUUGAAAAAUGCAAAUGACAGUGAAUUUUGGAGUGUGUGCCAGUGUCUUAACCGGUUAAACUACAAAAGUUUAGUGGCAUUAUUGCCCUGAUAUAUCUAACUUCUGAUUAUGUAGUAGCCCAGGUACGCUAUGACGGACUUACAGAUGAGAAUCUAGCACGACGAAGACGACACGAGCGUCAAGCGCAAGAUAGCAAAUACUUCCUGAUGAUGACUAGUUUCACUUUUAUUUUUGGUCGCUCGAGCAGUUUGCAGUUGCGCUUCUUGAUAAGACCAUGACUAGGUAGCCUAAUCUUAAGGAUUGUGUCGUCUGUCCACAUCUGCACCAGUUUCGGUUAGUACAGGAUUAUUGUCCAUGUGAAUGGCAGCCCCUGGAGUAGCAGACGGGUUAAAAGAGGCGGAGGACUUGGCUGUACAGCUAAGUGAGGCCAUUGGUUGUGGUGAUAGAGAUGAAGCCAAGCAAUGUGCCGAGAAACUCGCUGCUUUAUCACUUCCUGUGUCCAUCAAGGUAGACCAGAAGGCGUACCCCCAAGAUAUGAUCCGUCUGAAAGUGGGAGUGGAGGAUGCUGAGUUGGACUCCUACAUCCCCAUCACAAUGAUGGUAACAGUGGGCAUCACUAUAGCAGAGCUGAAAAUAAAGGUGAAAAAUGACUUUGGUUUCCACCCCUCUCUUCAAAUCUGGGUAAUUGGAAAGCGACUAACGAAAGACACAGACACACUUUACAGUCAUGGGGUGAGCAAGGACGGGGACCAAGCCUUCCUCUUCAUCAAGAAUGCCAAGGCUGUCAAUCUCAGCCGUGAGCAGCAAAGACAAGAGGAGCAGCACCAACAAAUAGAUGAUAUCAUUGUAACCAUGGCGAGGAGCUCACUGGAACCCAGGGGAACAGGUCCUCCUGUGGCCACCAAAGCCAAGCAACGCCCACCACCACUGCUUCCGAAGCCACAGAUUGGCUGGUCGUGUCCAAUGUGCACGCUUGUGAACAAGCCCACCCGGCCUGGCUGUGAAGUAUGUGCUUGUGAGAGACCUGCAGACUACAAAGUACCAGCCUCGUAUAAGCCCGACCAGGACGAGCUUUCCCGAAUACAGUCUGAGCAGGAGGCCAAUCUGCAAUACCGGAAGGUCGUGGAGGAGCAGCGAGCAAUGAAUUUUCGCGAUCACCUUGAAACAGAUGCACAUAAUCUCAUAAACAACAACGAGGAACUGGACUGUCCUAUCUGCUUCACCACCAUAGAACCAGGAGAGGGUGCUGUGUUGAGAGAGUGUCUGCAUGGCUUCUGCAAAGACUGUCUGAAAGGAACCAUCAUCAACAACAUGGAUGCUGAGGUGAAGUGCCCUUACGUAUGUAACGACUACUCCUGUGGCUACAAUCUACAAGACAGAGAAAUACUUUCACUGCUGUCUCAGGAGGAGUACCAGAAGUUCUUGGAGCUGAGGCUUAGCAUCGCCGAGUCGCGCAGUGAGAACAGCUACCACUGCAAGACUCCUGACUGCGCCGGCUGGUGCAUCUACGAGGAUGACAUCAACGAGUUUACGUGUCAGCUCUGUCAGGAAACCAACUGCCUCCUCUGCAAGGCCAUUCACAACAACAUGAACUGCAAGGAGUAUCAAGACGAUCUUCGCGUUCGAGCUGAAAAUGACGUUGCAGCCAAACAGACAGCUGACACUCUCGAGGCCAUGCUACAGAAUGGGGAGGCCAUGCACUGCCCCAAAUGCAAAGUGAUUGUGCAGAAGAAGGACGGCUGUGACUGGAUAUGCUGCAUCAUGUGCAAGACUGAGAUCUGCUGGGUCACCAAGCAGGCGCGCUGGGGUCCAAACGGCUCAGGGGACACCACAGGAGGCUGCAAGUGCAGACUGAAUGGUGUGCUCUGCCAUCCCAACUGCAACAACUGCCAUUAAUCCGCCCAUGCUCAUAUCCAUGCACACACUACUGUAGUGGCGUAGCGAGGGGUCGGGUGGAAAAGUGGGCCAUUUUACCUUCCCUCCAUUAGCCUAAAGUAACAUCCUCAAAAAUCUGUUACUUUUUCUUUUUAAUCAAGGGAAACUUCAUAACCUCCGGUUGUGACUGCUCAGGGACACGGAAUGAUUCUUUUCCUUUUUCUUUAAAUCUGAUCCCACCAAACAGUGAUUCAAAGAUGCUGAAUGAGGUCUAUGAGAACAGAGAUGGCGUAGGGCGCGCAGAGUGCGGACACGUAGUGCAUUACAGUAUCAACUACUCUGAGGAGACGGCCCCAAUGAGAACACUACAGCACUAGGUGAAGGGCCGUCGUUGUGACACACCUCGGAGACUUACAACACUUUCAGUGCCGUGACAACCAAAGAAACGUUUCAACGUUUAGCUAGAGAAUUAUGUCGACACAUUGAAAUAGGCAUUAGUGCCCUUUCUUUAAACACUUCCUCAUUGGUUUACGAAACUCCACUAUCUUUUAUGGGAUUCAAAUGAAUGCGACUAUCAGCAAUGAGGUAGAAUCAUUGUAGCGUUUAGGAAGAGAUUCUGCUGUUAUGGUUCUAUUUUUCUGUGUAUAUUUCUCUAAGGGCCUGGUUAAUCUUGAUGUCUUUGUAAUUGUCAGGUGUUUGUCAGUGAAAAAGGGAACAUGAGACAGCGAUUGCUCUAUCAGUUUAAUCCUGUGAAAUGUAAAUAAGAUAGACUCUUAGGGCACAUUCACACUAGACCAUUUGGUCCGGACCCAAACUGACAUCUGGACUGAUGGUUCGGUGAUUUUUGCCAAUAUGAACACAUAAACUGGCAACUUUGCCAAGUGAUCAUGUAAUGUGAACAAAGAUCAUCUGGAUCAGGGCUGGGAUGGUGUUUUGUGUGCUUUGUCUUUAAAGCAACACAAUGAAUUUUAUUUUGCCUUAAGGUAAUGGCUUCAAACUAAUUUUAUUGCCUCACUGACUUACAAUAAGGAGUUUCUGAUAAUGCCAGUGUGCAGAAGAAUGGUAUUGUGCUGUGUAACGUUGUUGUAACAUUGUGCGGGUAGGGGCAUGACCCUUUUCGUUUGUUGUUAGUUGAUUACCCCCUUAGCAGUAAACAUCUAAAACAAACAAAAAAGGGAAUUCCUAUAUUACGUUACUUUAAGAUAACUCUUCUUUCUCCCAAAAGGAGAAAUACAUCUUAAAGGUGUUUUAAAGUGUAAACAACCAGGCCCUGAAGCAGUGAAUUCAAACAGGAAACUGAAAUUGAACAAUUGGGAAAGAACAUCCAAGUAUACUUCAAUUCAAGUGCAUACAGAUGGUACAAGUAUAUUUCAGUGUGGCAGCAAUGGCUUAUCACAAACAUUCAGACUCAUAUGAAGGAAAGAAAACAGUUCCUGAUCAUCUAAGAUUUUCUGGGUAUUUAUUUCCAUACUAAGGGCCACAAAACCUGGAAAUGACCACAAAAUGGCAGUAGAAGUUAGAAUUUAGUUAUGCUUCUUAUUCCAUUACCUUAAUUAGUUUGAAGUGAAUACAGCAUUUGUUUCAUGCAACAACUAAAACAUACAACCAAAUACUAAAGGUGACCUAAUGUAUACUGUCCUUUAAUUGUAUAAUGUCUUCUCUUAGGACAGCUGUUUGCACUUUUUUUGUAAAAUUGAAGAAACAAAUUAAAGAACAUAUUUUUUCUGA